AUGAGACACGGAAAGGCCUCUCCUGGAACUGCCUCAUCGGCGAUGAGGAAUGGUUCACCAGAAGGUAGCAGCAAGCCGCCGGCUGCUCACCGCGGUUUAUCAAAAAUCAAGCAUUCUCUGCUCCGGUCGCAUAGCUCGGGACACCUGAGAAACCUGUUCGGCGGGCAUCACAACACAGCUCCUCAUGAGGACUAUCGAAACCACACGACAGAGUCUAUGGCUUUUGUCCCUCCAGCACCGAAAGACGGAGGAAGCGGCAGCGAGUCCCGUCACGCUGCGCACGCUGCGGACAAAACGCCGUCUCCAACCUCACCGAAGAAAUCGUUUUUCGGCGGCCAUUUUUUCCAUCGAAACAACAGUUCGAAGUCGUUGAAUUUGGCCUCGCAGGCGUCAAAACACCAUGCGGGCACUAAGACCGACUCGAAGGCCGACUCUAAGGCCGAACCCCAUGGCCAUACGAGUCGCAAGGCACAGCCGCCAACCGGUUCAGGCUCGUCUAGCGGUGGCUCGAUGAAAACAUCGCCGUUACGAAGUGAAUUGGAGUCUGGCACCAAGGCUCAGCCGAUUGCUGCCCCUCGGGCCUCUCGCCCCCCGCGUCAGUUGGCACAUUCAGUUCCACAUGGACCUGCUCGCACGCAAGCUUUGAAUAGCAUGCAGUCUCGAUCCAUUCACCCUUCUUCCAACAACGUCGGCUACUUUGAUCUGCCAAUUACUACAUCACCUAGUCCUGGUUCGCCAAUUCAUUCGCCCGGGUUGUCUCAUUUACGCGAUAGAAACACAGCAAAGCGUAAUGCUUAUGCUGGAAGUAUCUCUUCAAAUACUUCCGCCAAAUCUUCAAGCAGUAUGAUGUCCUGUGGCAUGUUCAAGCCCGGUCCCUCGCAGCCGUUAAUUACUUCCUCGCCCACUUCCUCUCAAGACUGGCCCCAUUCGCCCGAGUACGACUUUUUCACGAAUGCCAUCAACGCUAGUUUCCGCGACAUGAGGGUUGCACCGGGCUCCCUACAGGGCUCCGAAUCCGAAAGCGACGCGAAGACAGACGCGAAAAGCAUCGCACGGUCGGCGGCGGACAACAAGAUGGAGGGUAGUGUGGCAGCUCCUGCGGCAGUUCGUUCCACCGGCGGACUGUCCACCGCCUCUGUUACAGACAGAUCGGAGGCUAGCUCGGUAGCUUCCUCUCGUGUCAACUCGCGCACACCUGUUCCUCGCAAGCUCCGUUCCUCCUCCAUCCCUCCCUACGCCCGCCAAAUCGUCCCUCGUCUCUCUACCAAGUACACCCUCCCCCUCGACAGCACCCAGAUCGGAAGCGGCGCAACAGCCGUCAUUAAAGUCGUUGCUCUCAAAUCCCCCAAGCCCGGCGAGGAGAAGCUUAAAUUUGCCGUCAAGGCGUAUCGCCGGAAGGGCGACGCAGAGAACGAACGACAGUACAUUGCCAAACUGACCUCAGAAUGGCUUGUGCAAUCACGGAUGGAGCAUCCCAACGUGAUCCGGGCAUACGACCUGUGCAUGGACUCUCACAUCUUCCCACUGUACAGCGACACCUGGUGCUCGGUUAUGGACUACUGUCCUCGGGGAGAUCUUCUCUCUUUCAUUGAAAAUAACAACUCCCGUCUAGAUCGUGCUGACAAGGAGUGUAUCUACAAACAGUUCCUUCGGGGACUGACAUACAUUCACUCUCAAGGUGUAGCUCACCGUGAUCUGAAGCCGGAAAACAUCCUCUUGACAACACAUGGCGCCAUCCGCAUUACAGACUUUGGUGCCUGCGAUGUGUGCUGUGAUCCGGGUGACGAAGAAAGCAUACGGACAGCAAAAAGUUCGGGUGUGUAUGGCAGUGAUCCAUAUAUGGCCCCCGAACUUCUUUCCGGAAAAGAGUACAAUCCUUUCCAAGCCGACAUAUGGUCUGCUGCCAUUGUCUUAUAUUCAAUCUUUUUCCGUACUCUUCCGUUUCGCAAACCCAUAAACUCGGACUUACGGUUUGCUGGAUACUUAAAGUCCUGGCGUGAAUACAACCUCAUCUGCGAUGUUCAAAACAUCCGCAUCUCAAAGUCCAUGCCGUACUUUAAACCUCUCCCGGAGUUGCCUGAGGAAUUGCAACGACUCUUUUUCUGCAUGGCGACUCCUGACCCUUCAAAACGUUUUACAGCCAGAGAGGCGCUUGAAACACCGUACGUGCAACGAAUUGAAUGCUGUUGCUACGAUGAAAAUGAGGUUACUCCAGACGCACCCGAGCCCUGCUUGGAGUACGCAGAACCACCGAUGAAGACGCUGAAGCGUCCACACCAUCAUUAA